AUGAGCGGCGGCAGGUUUGAUUUCGAUGAUGGAGGUGCCUAUUGCGGGGGCUGGGAAGGGGGCAAAGCCCACGGGCAUGGCAUCUGCACCGGCCCCAAGGGCCAGGGCGAGUACUCGGGCUCCUGGAACUACGGCUUCGAAGUGGUGGGCAUAUACACGUGGCCCAGUGGCAACACCUACGAAGGCUACUGGUCCCAAGGCAAGAGGCACGGCCUAGGAAUCGAGACCAAAGGACGGUGGGUUUACAGAGGCGAGUGGACCCAUGGCUUUAAGGGACGGUAUGGCGCGAGGCAGAGCAUGAGCAGCGGAGCCAAGUAUGAAGGUACCUGGAAUAAUGGCCUGCAGGAUGGCUAUGGCACCGAGACAUACGCUGAUGGAGGCACAUACCAGGGCCAGUUCACCAACGGCAUGCGGCACGGCUACGGGGUGCGGCAGAGCGUGCCCUACGGCAUGGCCUCCGUGGUCCGCUCCCCGCUGCGCACCUCCCUCUCCUCCCUGCGCAGCGAGCACAGCAACGGAGGCGGGGCCGGCAAGCCCAAGAAGGGGGGGCUCUUCCGCAGGGGCUCCUUGCUGGGGAAGCUGAAGAAGUCCGAGUCCAAGUCGUCCCUGGCCAGCCAGAAGAGCCGCGUCAGCUUCCUCAAGAGCGAGAGCGGGAUCAGCUCGGCCGCCAGCGACGCCACCUCCACCGUCAGCCUGGGCGAGGGCGCCGAGGGCGAAGAGUACCCCCCCUUUGAGUCUGACAUCGAUGCCACCACCACCGAGAUCUACAUGGGCGAGUGGAAGAAUGAUAAGCGCGCCGGCUUUGGAGUCAGCGAGCGCUCCAGUGGGCUGAAGUAUGAGGGCGAGUGGCUGGACAACCUGCGGCACGGCUAUGGCUGCACCACGCUGCCCGACGGCAAGAAGGAGGAGGGCAAGUACCGCCACAACGUCCUUGUCAAGGGCAUGAAGAAGCGCGUGAUACCUCUCAAGAGCGCCAAGAUCCGGCAGAAGGUGGACAGGAGCGUGGAGGGGGCUCAGAGGGCUGCAGCCAUCGCCCGGCAGAAGUCAGAGAUCGCGGCAUCCAGGACAGCUCACGCCAAAGCCAAGGCUGAAAGCUCUGAGCAGGCAGCUCAGGCAGCUAACAACGAAUCGGGCAUAGCCAGGAUGAUGGCCAGGGAGCUCUCCCCGGACUUUUACCAGCCAGGCCCCGAGUACCAGAAGCGCAAGCUGCUGCAGGAGAUCAUAGAGAACGCGGAGCACACCGGCAACAUGGAAGAGGAGGCGCCGCGGCCUGAGGGCGGACCUAACACAAUCGUGAUCUGCAUGGUCAUCUUAUUGAACAUUGGUCUGGCCAUCCUAUUUGUACAUUUUUUGACAUGA